CACACCCAUUGUGUAGAAAUAGAAAGAGGUGAAGGGCUAAACAAUGAUCUUUAACUUUUCACUCUGAUUCCAUUACACAGAUUACAAAGUCCAAUUUUGACAGCAAAUCAUUGUAAACAUUGCUGUACAAAGCAGUGCACGAACAAGAACAAUUGAGCAUUAAGCUAAAUUAGGAUUUCAAUUGAAGGCUUGACUCAAAUUAAAAACCGUAAACAACAAUAGUGGCGAGAUAUAAAUAUAUGAAUAUUUUCCUUUACGCAUGUGACAAUGACAAUGUGUAAUGCAAAAUAUCUGGUUUCACCAAAAGUGAAAGUAUAGGUGUUUGGUGCAACCCACUCUCCAGAGGCAAAUUUACCUAAGCAUGCAGAAGGCAAACUUUUUGCAAAUACUUCUCUUGAAUAGAAAGUAAAAUACUGAGUAACUUCGUGUCUAAAGAUGGAUGCACUUGAUGAAGGGUAUUGUGUAAUAGGACAAGAUGAGCUGGAGGAAAUUAAAGAAGCUUUAUCAACUGAAGAUCUGCCAACAGCCAUUAAUAAAAUCAAGGACGUUCUUGAGCAGCAAGAUCGAGUCGAGUUAAAUAUUGCUGUGACGGGGGAAUCUGGUUCUGGAAAGUCUACAUUUGUCAAUGCUUUUAGAGGUUUGGGAGAUGAAGAUGAGGGCUCAGCCAAAACAGGUGUAGUGGAGACAACAAUGAAAACUGAAGUUUACCAUCACCCAAAAUAUGAAAAUGUAAAAGUGUGGGAUCUCCCUGGAAUUGGAACACCAAACUUUAAAGCUGAUGAGUACCUUGAACAAGUUCAGUUUGAACGCUAUGAUUUUUUCAUCAUCAUUGCUUCAGAUCGGUUUAAAGAAUGUCACACCCAGCUGGCCAAAGAGAUCAUGAGAAUGGGAAAGAUGUUUUACUUUGUUCGUUCUAAGAUUGACACAAACAUUAAUGCUGAAAAGAGAAAGAAAAGCUUCGACCAAGAAAAAACACUAAACACCAUACGGACAGACUGUGAGAAAGAGUUGAUGAAGAUCGGUAUUGAGGCUCCUGAUGUAUUCUUGAUCUCUUGUUUUGAGCUUUGCAAGUAUGAUUUCAAUCUGCUGCAGGAGAGGAUGGAGAAAGACGUCUCCAAGCAUAAGAGACACGUGCUGAUGUUGGCUAUACCAAAUAUCACCCUGGAGAUUAAUGAGAGAAAGAAGAAAGCUCUAGAAAAAAGCAUUGUACAAGUAUCAAUCCUGUCUGCUUUUGUGGCUGCCAUUCCUGUUCCUGGUCUUUCAUUUGCUGUGGAUUUAGCCAUUGUAAAAAAUGAAAUAGAAAAGUACUACAGUGCCUUUGGUCUGGAUGAUUCAUCCCUGCAGAUGCUCUGUGAAAGAUCUGGAAAGACCAUAGAGGAACUGAAGGAUGUGAUGAAGUCCCCACUUUAUAAUGGGAUAAACUCACAUACAAUCUUGAGCUUGCUGGGUGCUACAUCACUUCAAAUAACAGAGAGUGCAGCUGAAUAUACCUUCAGUCUUAUACCUGUACUUGGCACAGUGAUAGCAGGAGGAAUGUCUUAUUUAACCGUCUCAAGAAUGCUACAGAAAGCUUUGAACGAGAUAGCAGAAGAUGCAAAGAAUGUCCUGAUGGCUUCACUGGAGACUGAAGUGUAAAAAAAUGCCACAAACUACAUUUAAUUUAAUUUACAUGGUAUUUGAACAUUAAUGUAUGUCCACAUGUAUGUAUAUACACAACCACCCUAAAGUGGUAAAAAAAAUCCACUCUUUCCUUUUUAUAUUCCUGUAACUCAGCAACAGUUAUCAUUAAUUAGUAAUCAAAAACCACCCUGACUUUGAGGAACCCAAAACGUUUCUGCUGGCAUUGCUGUGAAGAAACUUUUAAGCAGUGUACAUUAUUUAUGUUUUUAUGUCAAAUCUGCUAUAAUUUGAAGAUUGUGGUAUUAGUUUAGGGUAUCAUUAUCUUGGGCCCUAUUUUAACGAUAUAAUCCCAUGGCAUGAAGCGCAUGGUGCAGGUGCAAGUAAGCCGUGUCAAAACCACCUUUGCUAGUUUCAAAAAAAUGGUCAUCACGCCAGGCGCAUUGUCCAAAAGGGUUGUAGCUAUUCUACUAACAAGUCAUGGAUUGUUUUGACCUUAAUGUGCAAUUAACCAAUCAGAAGCUUAUCUUCCUUUAAAAGCCAGUUGUGUUAACACCAUGGCGGAAUCGCUAUAUACAUGGCAAAAAUUGUAAGAACAAAGAACGCUUCUCCAGAGAGGAACGUUAUUUCAUUCGUCAUCAUUUUAUCUUUAUGUAAUAAUAUUUUACACUGUAAUCUUUUCACUUUUAAUAUUUGGCAUGUUUGUGUAUGUGCAUUGUGCUCCCAUAGGCACAUAUAAUGCGCCCUUUCAAAAAAACUGUAUUGUUUAGCUAUACAACAGUUGUACUGUAUUGUUUCAAUUGUUAAAAUUGUUCAGCUAAUAAUAAAAACAG